GGUCGGAUGACUUUCAACCGGAAGAAGAAACGUAAACAAAAAUAGUUGAAAAGUCGCAAGAGAUAGUUGCGUCGCUGCGUUUUUAAAGUGGCAUUGAAGUAGUUGCGUAUUGUUUUAACUAUAGAAAUUAUUGAGGUGGUCAGUGAUACAUAUAUAUUCUGUGAUAUUCUUGCGGCAACGACGGCGAAGAUUUUGCUAGCUGCUAGUUGGCGUUAGCUGCACGGGUAGUCUUUCUGCACUCAAAGAUUUAGCGUCAGCGAGCACCGAUGCCUCAAGAGGAAGAAGCGUCUCUUCCACUGGUUCGCUCCCUGAACAGUCGGAUACCCCUUAAUGUUGUGUUUUGUAACCUCAGCCCCCGUGUCGUUCGGCCAAUGUGGAUAGACUACCAGGGGGAGCCUCAGGCAUACAAUGAUGUACAACCAGGAGCAGGACGAAAAAUGAACACCUUCGUCGGUCACCCAUGGAUGUUCAGAGAUGCAGCGACAGAUGAGCCCCUGAAGGUGAACUCCAAGGACCUAUUUCUUCCUAAACCAACAGAGAGUGGGGAUGCUAUUAUUGCUAAUAUCACUUUACCGGUUUACAGUCUCAAGGAUCGUGCUCUUCAGGUCAUUCGGUGUCUUGUACGACCAGAAAACUACAGGAGGUUGGAAAUAGCUCGGUGUCUCCAUGAGGAGCUUGAAGAUCCACCUAGUGUGUUAAAAGAUCUCCACCGCAUGAACCAGCGAGUAGAGCAGCAUCUGCUGGAAAGGAUCCAAGGGCAGGAGGAAUGAAAUUUCAAAUUGAUGAAUAUUUAUCACAUACGGACUGAAGUGCUGCACUGCCUUAUGAAAUAUGAUCGAACAUGUUCCUGUACCAAUGUUAUGAAAUAAGAUCAGAGUUAUUUGGGAUGAAUCACAGCUGUCGUAUAUUGACAUAUAUUGACAGGAAGACUCUGUUUGAUCUGCUUCCUGUUCGUCAUUCAGUGAGCAAGUUUAGUAUUUAGUGAAUAUUCUUCACCAGAAAAAUAAACAACAUUUUAUAAUAUAAUAUGGCAACAGUAUCCUAUGUAUAUACCCACAGACUGGCGUUUCAGAGAGAUACCUACUCUGUUGAUAUCCUUAUUGGGAAUGCCAGAGAUUCUUAACCAUUCAGGUAACUGCACACAUUCCCUCAAAAAGCUCUUUACUCUAUUAUCCCAGCUAAAUUCAGCAGUAAAGAGUUCAGCAGUUAUCAGUACACUUUAGUUUUGGCACUUUAAAUGUAGGAGCAUAAUGUUAUUAAGAAACUGUAAUAAAAGGUCUAAAUUUGCCUUGUCUAUUCUGAGGAAAAUAAUUUAAAAGAUUUUAAGAUCAGGCUGUGCAACACUGUGACUGAUGAGCUUCUUAUGUUUUGGCCUUCUAAGUACUUCUUUUCAUGUUUUAUUCUUCUGCCACCCUGUUUUUCAUUUGUACAGCACUACUGUAUCAAAGACUUUCUAUGUUUAUUUGUAUAAUACAUAAUUAAAAGAUAUAUUUCUUA